UAAGUGUGGGCCCAGGUGUACAUCCCUGUCCUCACUUGGACGUACUGUGCACAGCAGAGCUCCUCCAGCAGCCACAGCCAGGUCAUAAUCACUGCUCAUCUCUUCAGCCCUUCAUCUGCAGACGUUUUGUUCUACAUCGGGGCUGUUUCUGUUCAGAUAAAAUGGAUCUUUCAGAUGCUCUUAGUGAUGAGUCUGGCACUGGUCAGCAGCUGAACAUGCAGCAGUCAGGAGGAUCAGCCUGGCCCGGUCAACCCAACCAGCCAGCCUGGCCCGGUCAACCCAACCAACCAGCCUGGCCCGGUCAACCCACCCAGCCAGCCUGGCCCGGUCAACCCAACCAGCCAGCCUGGCCUGGUCAGCCAGCUGGACCUGGUCAGAACAACCCCGCACCAUACUCUGGCCCACCCCUGACAGUACCAUAUGACCUGACCCUACCAAAAGGAUGCUAUGACAAAAUGUUGAUCACCAUCGAUGGACAGUUCAAACCUAAUGCCAAAAUGAUGACAGUCAACCUUUGCCGGGGAAACGACAUCGCCAUGCACUUCAAUCCUCGCUUCAAUGAUAAUGGAAAGCCAUCAGUUGUGCGCAACAGCUUGGUGCGAGACAGGUGGGGCAAAGAAGAGAGGGAUAUGAAAAACUUUCCCUUUGUCCAAGGAGACAACUUUCUGCUGAAGAUCCUGUGCACCUCUACUGACUUCAAGGUUGCAGUGAAUGAGAAGCACUUCCUGGAGUUCUGCCAUCGAAUCCAGGACCUCAACACAAUUACCCAGCUUGGCAUCUAUAAUGACGUCACCCUCAGAUCUGUCACUGUGGAAACUCUCCUUUAAUUCCAUUUUAUAUCUCAACUUGCUUAUAGCACUUACUGUGUUGAAAAAUUGCAAAUGCAAAAAA